AUGCUUGAUCAAGAUGCUGCAGCAAGCAAUGGCUGCUGCUAUGGCGGGGGCGGAGGACUAAUCUACGGUGGUGGAGGUGUUCCCAAUUUGCUGACUCAGAAACCGUUAGGAAGCAGCAUAGGUACGAAGAAAGAUAGGCACAGCAAGAUUCACACAUCUCAGGGGUUGAGGGACAGAAGGGUGAGGCUUUCAAGCGAAAUAGCGCGCAAGUUCUUUGAUCUUCAGGACAUGCUGGAGUUCGACAAGCCCAGCAACACGCUCGAAUGGCUCUUCACCAAGUCUGAGAAUGCAAUCAAGGAGCUUGCAAGAAGCAAACAUAGCUGCAGCUUCAGCUCCGGCGGCGAGAAAUGCUCGUGUUGUGAAGGUAGUGAUCAAGCAGCUGGGGUGGUGGUGGUGCACUCAAGCGAGAAAUCAUCUAUGGCGGGAAGCAGUGAUUCUUGUUCCAAAGGGAGGAACAAGUUGAAGUGGACACAGAGAGAAGAUGUUUGUGUUCAGACAAAGAAGGAGUCAAGGGAUAAAGCAAGGGCAAGAGCAAGAGAGAGAACUUGUUACAAAAUGAACAACAACAACAACAAUGGAAGAUUAAUGGUGCAAGAUUUGGAGGACAAAACCCCUGCACUGCAACAAUUUGAGCCUUGUGGAAGAUGGUCUAAUAACCCUCAUCAGAUUCUUCAACAACCACCUUACUAUAACCCUCUUCGUCAUCAUCAUCAUCACAUACUUGGAGAUGCUUUUAUUAACAAUGUCAUUGAUGAUUCUAUCAUGAUUAAAAGGAACAUGAAUCGUGACCAAAACCUUAUUGCUAUCCCUAAUAACAACAACAACAUUAUUGUUAAUGAUGAUGAGUACCAAAACCACUCGUCACCGUUCCUUUAUUCAACUCCAAAUUGGGACACCGACGAAACCAUAAAUGGUUGCUCCAACUUUCGUGCAAUGGCAGCCACAAUGAAUAAUCUAUCAACAUGCUUCACGGACCAGUAA